UAGCAACAUCCGGUUGGAGUUCGAGAAUAAAGUUAGUUUGCGUCAACGUUAGUAAGCUGUGAUGACAGACUACUGUUAACAUUAACAUGGCGGUGGAGUGGUUUCAAUGGACAAUAAUUUUAUUUUUGCUGCUGUUACCAGUGUUAUACGAAUUGAAUAAUACGUUUAAAUAUUAUGCCAAGUUCGCAUUAUACUUCAUCCUCAACAUGAUAAUUUCUGGCUUGAUUGCUAUUUUCCUCAUCCCACGCGUAAUCAUGGGAGCAAGAAACCCGGAAAAUUACAAAUAUCCAGCGUUUGUUGUCAACCUUGAAAGGAGGCUGUUUGGAUUGUCUAUAGAUGUACGAGGACGUGAGAAUCUGGAGGCAGAAUCACCGUGCAUCAUAGUUAUUAAUCAUCAAAGUUCACUAGAUCUGUUUGGUUUGAUGGAGAUAUGGCCUAAACGUUGCUCUGUCUUGGCCAAGAAGUCGUUGAUGUACAUGGGACCCCUUGGACUGUUAAUGUGGUUGCUGGGAGCUGUAUUUGUUGAUCGAGUCAACCACAGCAAAGCAGUCUCCACACUUUCUGAAGCAAGCAAACAUAUCAAGAAAGAAAAGAUUUCAAUUAUAAUAUUCCCUGAAGGUACAAGAAACCAUGAGCCAACUAUGUUACCAUUUAAAAAGGGAGCAUUUCAUCUAGCAGUGUUAUCUCAGAUACCUGUUGUACCUGUUGUUUUUUCGUCUUAUUCUGAUUUUUACAACAAGAAGGAGAAGAAUUUUUCUGCAGGUAAAUUCAUUAUUACUUGUCUUCCACCGAUUUCAACUGAAGGAAAGAAGCUUGAUGAAGUUUCAGAGAUGGCUGAAAGUGUUCGGGAACAAAUGAUGGAGGUGUUCAACCAAACGUCUUCAGAAGGCAACCAGACAAAAAGCACCCAGGCAAAACUAGUCAAUAAUCAAUGAGAUAAAACUGUAAAGAACAUUUUUAUCUAUACAAACUACAUGAAAUGUUCAUAAAUAUGCCCACAUCUUUCCCAGGACAAUGGCUGAAGAGUGAGUUGUCUAGAUGCAAAGAUAUAUAUAGGAAAAGGUCCAAAUUGUAUUUAUCCUAAAACAAGCCCCCUCCCCUAAUGUAAUUUUUAUGUAUUAAAAGUUUGGGUAGGGCUUAUUUGUGAACCACCAAUAGCUUACUACUUUCAAGUAAAUGAUUCUGCAUAAUGAAGAAGGGGCUUAUUUGUGUGCUAGGGCUUAUUUUCAGAUAAAAAUGGUACCAGGUAUGUAGUUUUCUGCCUGUCAUGUUAUGAUUCCGCCUUUUAUCUUGCCAUUGAGUAAAUAAUAUUUCUCAUUUUAUAUUUUAUUUACAUGAAAUUGCAAGGAACAUUGAUAAUUACCAAUGAUGAUAAUCAUAAAUUAAUGUAGUGUUGAAAUAAAAAGUUCUACAGUACAUCAUCAUUUACGUAUAAAUCUAAGGGAGUAGUAGCUUGCUACUGCGUAUAUUUAUUCAGGAACUCUUUCACAAAGAAUAUUAGAGAGAUAUCAUAUCACACUCGAUGCACUGCCUGCUUAUUAGUAGUAGAAUCAGAAUUAACUUGUUCAGUAUUUUUGAAAAUUAAACAUUAUACAAUUAUUAACCUUAGAAAUGUGAUAUUUACGUACAUGAUAAUCAAAGGGUUAAUGAAUAUCUAUAUUAACCAAGGGAAAGAUGAUGAUUAUGUUUUCAGAACAUUAUCCUUACCUCUAGUACCAUGCUUGUGUUGCCUUAACAUUGUGUCACAAACAAUAGUCUGAUGCCUCAAAGGUAAUAUUAACUGCACAUGAGGUCAGUAUACCAAAAUAUUAACCUGACAUGUGAUGGCUCUCAAAUGUGAAUUUGCACUUUAUUGACAUAUCAAGAAUGAAACAGAAUAUAGCACUUGUUUGACACACAGCUGGCCACCAACCCCAAAGUUUUUGUAAAGAACUGACAGUUGAAUUCUAAUACACUAGAUUAUCUCCCCCUAGUGUCUUGAGUUGCAAACCUCGUCCACAUAUGCUAUAGACCAAAAUUAUGAAGCUCAUUUAUAUUUAUAGUUUUAAUAUUCUUGAGACAGGGGCUAGUCUACUGUGGCUAUAUAUAGUACAUUCUGUGACAGGGGCUAGUCUACUGUGGCUAUAUAUAGUACAUUCUGAGACAGGGGCUAGUCUACUGUGGCUAUAUAUAGUACAUUCUGUGACAGGGGCUAGUCUACUGUGGCUAUAUAUAGUACAUUCUGUGCCAUAAAUGCUAAUAGCUUCAGACACAGAAUUGAUAUCAUUAGAAACAAUUCCUUGUAUAUGAAGUUAUUAUUUCUAAUUAAUUAGCUCGCCCGUCCCUAAUUUAAACCAUAGUUAUUAACAUCUGUCUGUCAUUGUUAACUUAUUGUCUGUUGAAUGUCUUUAUCAUAGUAGGAUGUUUAUUCUAAGUUAGUCAAGACAUAGUCCCGAGAUCAUCAUCAUAUCGGCACAGAAAUCCUUGUGAUUCUCUCUCCAAAACCAUGGUUACAGUUGAUAUGCACCAAGAUGCAAAUACACUUAUGCUACCAAGAUUAACCCUGGGUUCUAGGAGGUUUUCAUUGUGUGCAAUAUUACUAAUUUUAAGGGGAAGAUUUUUCCAUGAUUGAUUAUGUAUUCAGGUGAUUGAUGCAGGCCUUUUUUGCCUGUCGCUUAUCCUUAGUUUGUACAGUUGUGCCAUCAAUUCAUUGUAUUUUUUGCCUUUAUGAUAUGUACAAUCAUCAUUAGACCACAAUAUAAACCUUGUGUUGGGAAUACAAUAUGGCUAUGUCAUAUUUCUGUGGUCAGAAAGUAUGACUUUAGAAUGAAGUAAGUUAUUACGAUUUUGUAGCAUUAUGACACGACGUUGAUAAUGGUCAGAAAAGAGCAUCUACAUGGUCAAGCGAGUUUCCCUAUGUCUUUCUCCUACUGGGGCCCAGUUUUAUGUGGUCCAACAUUCCAGUUAAGUAAUAAUGGAAAAUAUCUGCAACAGUUUGACUUUUAUCUGACAGAUUUAUUUGACUUUUAAUUGAUGGUAAUUCCCUCGUUGUUAUUAAAGAUAAGUGAUAAUUAUCUGUUGAGUGUGACAGUCGUUAAACCUUACAUAGCUUUUUAUAAUAAGGUUGGUAGGAUCUGUGAUAAAAUACAUAGAAAUGGUUGAAUUGCCAUGGGACCAAUCAGCAUGAAUUACACUUUUUGCAAGAAAUGUUUCUAUACAAUACCACCUUUAUGCAGUUUGGAAUGACUUCAGUCAUUAAUUGAUUGACAAUCUAAUUUUUAGUGCAGUUGCACUUUUUAGAAGUUUUUGUAGUGGAAGGAUAGAUAAUUUGUGAUAAAUAUUCUACUUCAAAGAAAGUGAUGGCAGUUUAUGUUACAAAAAUAACAUGCAUGCUUAUGUAUUUAAUAUUUCUGAGUCUGUUAGAAGCUUAGGCUUUGCUAGAACAAUGUAUGAAAGAGUACAUCAUGCAGUAUUUAUUAUGAAUGUACUCAAAAAUUAUGCAGUUUUUCUUGAUAAUAUUAUUGUUUGUAUUCAAAAAUUAGUUUUCAAUAAUUUUCAGAACAACUUGGAAAUAAAAAUUACUAUGUUCAGUUCAUAAUUUCUAAAUUUUCAAAAAAUUACCAUAAAUGGAGUUCUAAAAAUAGCUCUAGUAUAAUGACUAGAAGAUAAUCACACCUAUUUCCAACUAAUUUGUACCUGCUUUUAACCAACAUUUAUCAUCGUUCACACUAUUUGUGAUUUUGAUCAAUAAGGAAAGGUUGUAGAUGAAAAUGAUUACUUUAUAUAUCAAGGCAAGGUAAAAAUUUGAGAACCCUUGGAUUUAAAAUGUACAAGGUGCUAAUGGUUAGCUUACAAUUGUUAAGAUGGGAUUUUGAAUGUCAGUUUUAUAAUGCAUCUGAGUAAUAAGAAAUCUAUUCUUAUGAAAUAAGAGAGCCAGUGGAAACUAAUUUUGUAAUGAUUGUAUUGAUCAAAUAAUAAUUGAGUGACAUUUCAGGUUUUUUUUAGAGACAAUCAAUGGGGGAUCAUGAUGGCUGAUUUAUACUACAUGUAUAUCAGUGUCCUGGAAAAUAAUUUUUUCACAAUAUUGCAAAUCCUCUAAUGUGUGAGCAAACACAAAAAUCUUAAAUUAGUUUAUAUUUCACAUAGAUCAUAGCAGCUUGAUAAAUCAUUUUCUUACUGGAUUUUUUAAUUCAAUUUUGUUAUACCUGUUUUCUAUGAUACAUGUUAUAAUGUAUAACGUUGUACAUAUUUUAUAUGUAUUAUAAACAUUUGGAUUUCAAAAAAUUUUGUUAAAACAUAAUAAAAUUGUUCUUUUCUAAACAUGCAUUUAUUGAUACAUGUAUGAUUUUAUAACGUGUUUUGAGAACAUUUUGUGUUUUGAUACAUAUUACAUUGUAGUGUAGUAAAAAAAAAAUGGACAUCAAUCCAUGCUUGCUAGUCAUGACCUGUAUUACCAAGGUAACCAAUAACCAUAUAUACAUACAAGGUGAAUAUCAUCAUAAGAGUUUGUGACACGACAGUUUUCAAAGAAUCUUGCCAAUGAUCACUCUCAGGUAAAACACUGUGUAUUUGUUUGAACUGAAGUUUGAAAAAUAAUUUGAAAUUUAGUCUCAGCAAAUACUCUUUUGCUUUAAAGUUAUAAAUAGAGCAUUGUCCUAAUCACUGUUGACCAGGAUGGAGUACAAACUGAGAUGCAGGAUCCUGACAUGUAAUCUGAUCAUUGUUUCAUUUUAUUAAAAACAACAUUUAUUAAAAAAGAACAAAUUCCAUAUCAUCUCUUUUGUAACAAGAUGUGUCUUGGUUUUCACAAUCUUAAAAUAUGGAUGCAACUGCUUUAAUUGUAACUAUUUAACCAUUAUACAUUUGUCAACUGAAGGCCGUUGUUUCGACAACAUUCUUUAACUUAAAUUUUUCCUUAAAUUCUAUAAAAAUCCAAUUGAAAGUUUUAAGUUAAGGAAUAUUGCCAGAACUGGGGCAUGAUUGGAUGUUUAUUGGACCUUAGUGUCAACAAAAGAUAUCUGAAAGAAUCCAACAAUUUGAUAAUAGUUUAUUAACAUGUGGCUUGUGACAUCGGUAGAAUAUGUAUUUACAAAUGUAUUAUUUAUAUCUCUUUUAACAGACCUUAACUGUACUAGUCAAAAGAACAUUAGAACUAUAUGUAACAGAAGCCAUCCUGGUAAUAGUUCUUUUUCUGAAGUUUAAUUGAUAAGGAUACAGAGUAGUAAUCAGAAAGUUACAUUCCUAUAUAUUUACCUCAAUACCCAAAUAUAACUCUGCCUUCAGGUGACUGUAUCAGCAUUCCUAAACUUUAUUUUAUACAACAAAUCAUUUUUAAAUAAAUGAAAUGCUUUUUAGCUGACCAUCUGAUGAUGGUGGGCUAUUCAAAUCGCCCUGUGUCCGUGGUCUGUCAUCCGAUAACAAUUCUUGUUAUUGCUAUUUCUCAGAAAGUACUGAAGGGAUCUUUCUGAAAUUUCAUAUGUAGGUUGUCUUGGUCCAUAGUUAUGCAUAUUUCAUUUUGG